CAGACUAUUAAUAACGCACACUUUUAUCCGUAGCACACAUUUUUCUGUGCAGACAUUUGAGCGGUACCUGCAAGAUAUCUUCUACUACGACGGCUUACAAUGCAGGGGGCAACAUGGUCUGUUAUCCUCUAUGUGCUAUCCUGUUUGAUGCACCAGGCUUGUCUAGCUGAGGAUUUCCCCCCACCUUGUGACAGUCAGAUUUACUGCACAGGAAACCUACUUCACACCGUCCAGAUGGCCAAAAUCUUUGAAGAUGAUAAACAUUUUGUUGACAUGGGUCUACGUGACUCACCAGCGAGAAUCUUAAAGAAGUUCCAGUCUUUAUCGCAAAGAUCUAAAGGUGACGUCGAAAAGCUGAAAACGUUUUUGAACACAUCUUUCACUGACCCAGGAGAGGAAUUUGAACCUUGGACACCCACAGACUGGCAUGAAAAUCCUGACCUCCUUUCUCAUAUAAAAGAUUCAGAACUAAGAAAAUGGGCUUCUGAACUUCAUCUGUUGUGGAAGUCUUUGGGAAGGAAGAUCAAAGAAGACGUAAAGGUUUCUCCUGAUCGUCACUCACAAAUCUAUGUGCCAAAUGCAGUGAUAGUUCCUGGAGGACGUUUCCGUGAAUUUUACUAUUGGGAUUCCUAUUGGGUUAUCAAUGGACUUCUGCUUUCAGAGAUGAACAGCACUGCUCGGGGAAUGAUAGAAAACUUUUUGUACUUGGUGGAGACAUUUGGAUUUAUCCCUAAUGGUGGAAGGAUCUAUUACCUGCGCAGGAGCCAACCACCAUUCCUUACCCUGAUGAUGGAGAGUUAUAUGGAAAAAGAAAAGGACACUGCAUUCCUCAGGGAAAAUAUUGGAACUUUGGAGAAAGAGUAUGACUUCUGGAUGUCAAACCGGAGCGUGAUGGUAACAAAAGACGGAGGAAAUUUCACCAUGAAUCGGUACUAUGUUCCAGUAGGAGGGCCCAGGCCCGAGUCCUAUUCCGAUGAUUACGAGCUUGCUGAAAACCUCACGGCAGAUGCCCAGCAGUCUCUAUGGGCAGAGCUGAAAGGAGCUGCAGAAUCGGGUUGGGAUUUUUCCUCUCGUUGGUUCUCAAAAUCCCAGCCUAAUCUCAAGGGAACUGAAACAAAAUCCGUAAUCCCCGUGGAUUUAAAUGCCAUCCUCUGUCGUGUGGAGAACACUUUAGCCAAAUUCUACAAUGAGCUGGGUAUGGGGGACAAAGCUUUAAAGUUCCAGUCUGCUGUAAGACAAAGACGUGAAGCUGUGAAUUCUGUUCUGUGGGAUGCUGAUGCCGGAGUCUGGUUGGAUUAUAACAUAGAUGGACAAACGCACAACAGAGAGUUCUAUCCAAGCAAUCUAAGUCCUAUCUGGGCUUCCUGUUACACAGACAAUAAUCAAGUGGAUAGAGCUGUUGCCUACCUGGAGAAAAGCGAAGCACUGAAAUAUAGGAAUGGGCUUCCCACCUCCCUCAGUAACUCAGGACAGCAGUGGGAUUUCCCCAACGCAUGGCCACCUCUACAGCAUAUGGUCAUCGAAGGUUUGGAACAAUCUAGCUCCACCAAAGCUAAGGAAAUAGCCUUUUCUUUGGCCCAAAAAUGGGUUCAAACCAACUACGAGGCUUACAAGCAGUACAAUGCAAUGUUCGAGAAGUAUGAUGUAGAAGAUGGUGGGAAACCUGGCGGAGGAGGUGAAUACGAGGUGCAGCUUGGCUUUGGAUGGAGUAAUGGAGUAAUACUACAGCUGCUGGACCUCUACAGUCCCCGACUGACAUCUGCCUCGGCCCUCUGCAGUGUCUCAUUGACCCUUCUCACUUUGCCCUUCCUCAUUCUCACUGUGUGGACAUGAUUUUUAACUAUGCCAUAAACACAUGCCCCAAAUGUUUAGGUUUAUUACCCUCGUUUUAAGUUAUACUUGUUUCUCAUUCUCUCUUGGGUUUAUUCACUAAAAGGGGAGUUGGUGGUACAGUUAUCAGUAGACUUGUGAUUUCCACUCAACAAAGUCAAUGAUACAUUCAGAAGGAAG